AAAUUUUGUUGCUCUGAUUAAAAUUGCGUCGCAAAGGUAUAAGACGCUGACUAAACUUUUAUUCUCCCAUGCAAAGGCAGUUUGAAAGUUGUGUUAACAAAAUUUAAUCACAACGAUAAAAUUUUGCCCUUGCGGACGAAAAUAAACACGCCUGUUACAAAGACUUCUAGAUAAUAGAAAUCCAACUAGAACAAUUAUCAACAAUACAAUUACUACUACACGCGUAAACGGUGUAAGUACUGUGCCCGUUAAAGGUAUGAAAUAUCGCGCGGAAACAACGAAUGGUGGCGGCGUCACCUUUUCGCACACCACCCAUAUCCGGUCCGGUCCAGUGCAGACGACACAGCACAGCCGUCAGUCGCGAGACGCAGGCGUGGAGUACGUAUCGCAGCUCGAGUGCAUCAUGGAUACCAUCGUCGGAGCUGAAGAAAGUGAGCUGGAGGAGCUUCUGAAUUCAUGGGGGCUCGCCGAGCUUCUCCCUAGAUUUGUUGACCGGAAGAUAACGGAUGUCGCGGCGCUGCGCCUCAUCACCCCUGCCCAUGCUAAACGGCUUUUUGACGACAACGAGUUCGGCUGGGAGCUGAAGUUUUUUGAAAAGCUGGAGAGCUGGAAGCAGGAAACUUUUGGUCGAACUAUUGUGAUAGCUGUAGAGCCUACUGCUUCUGCUUGGAGUAAUUCUCAGCCUUCUGUGAGUAUUUUGAGCCAUAACGCCAAUCGUUUUCUGGUCCUAAGUCUGCGUUUCGUAGAUCAUAGAUAAUUUAUUGCCUGUAACAUGUCAUGGGGUGGA